AUGCUCAAAUCUAACUAUCUAAUCUUACUUAUCGUCGCUCUGAUGUGCAUGUUCUCAAACAUCGAGGCUGGCAAAACAAAGACUUGGAAAUUUUACAACUGGAACCGAUACAAUGGUAAAGCAACCGUUGGUAAAGGCAGCAACUGGGAUAGCGCCUGGGGAAUUCCUGAGCACGGCGGAUGGCUCUGGUUCUGGAAGAAUGCUGACAAGUUGAAGAACAUUUCCUACAAGAGUGGCAAGAAGGAUUAUGUUCUCCGUGUCACCUACCCUAAAGGCUCUAGAAAUCCUGAAGCUAACCCCAUCGGCGGUCUUGGGUUCAAGGCUGAACCUCUCGCCAUUGAUAACACAGUAAAGACAGUCGAGUUCCAAUACAGUGUCUACUUCCCUAAGGGAUUCAACUUUGUUAGAGGCGGUAAACUCCCUGGUCUCUAUGGUGGUCAUGGUGAUUGUACUGGCGGUAUUGAUUCCAACAAGUGCUUCACUACAAGAGUCAUGUGGCGUGACGAAGGUGAAGGUGAAAUCUAUGCCUAUUUGCCAUCUUCCAAACAAAGAUCCAAUCUCUGUGACAAUAAGGUCAAUAUCUGUAAUCCUGACUAUGGUUACAGCUUAGGCCGUGGUACAUUCAAGUUCAAGACUGGCAAGUGGGUCACUGUGCGUCAAGUACUUACUAUCAAUACUGUUGGAAAGCAAGAUGGCCAGCUUUCUCUUUACGUUGACGGAAAGCGUGCUAUGACUCAAACCAAGCUUGUCUUUCGUACAAACAGCACUGGGCGUGUCGCAGGCAUCAUGUUCCAUACUUUCUUUGGUGGUUCUGAUAAGACCUGGAAGACUCCCAAGACACAGUACUCUUACUUUAAGAACUUUAGCCUCAAGACCAUUUCUUAA